AGUUCAGUUAUGGCGGCGCCCUGUAAUUAUAAACACGCAGCAUGAGUUUAUGUUUGCUACUGACUUGACGUUUUGCUUUUACAGCACAGUCGCUUAGAAGCUGCCAUCUGAAUUCAAUAGAACACGAACAUUGAAGAAGGUUGCCUGAUAUGUAAGGUCCAGGGCACAAGACACAUGUGGACACGAACAUUUUAAAUCAGCGAAACAACAGAUAGAGACACGUAAACACCAGCCAAGCUCCACAUCUGAAGUUCUGGAUGUCAGGUGUAGGUCAGAACAGUGAUUGUGCUGCAGUACCGGAGGCAGAGGCUGAUGGAGAACCCCCUCAUGAAGCUGCGUCUCUGGAACAGGUUGAGGAAGAUGAGGAAGCACCACCAGUAGCUAAACAGCCUCGACUGGAGCAGGAGGGUGUGGCCCUUGAUUUACACAUGACACAGACACCUGUGGAUCCCUCGGUGGAGAUACAUGUGGUCCAAUGUGCUGCUGGGAUUCUAGAGGAAGCUGGUGAAACCGGAACAGCUAAGGAAACGGAGGAAGUUGAAGAUGUGGAAUGGCAUGAAAAUGGAGAUGAGAACAUAGCACUGAGCCAGUCUGAGGAAGAAAGAGGAAGGGACGAGCCUGAGAAGGACAGUCCAGUAGAAAAUUCUGCUGUGCGGCACUAUGAAGGCUUCGAUUUCAGCCAGAACCCUCAGAUGCUGACAGGUUCUUGGGCCGAAUAUACCCACACUGCGGAAAAUUACCUCAGAGGCUGUAAAUGGGCUCCAGAUGGUUCCUGCAUUCUCUCCAACAGUGCAGAUAAUUUACUUCGUGUGUAUAAUCUCCCUCCUGAGCUGUACAGCAGUCGCUGGGAUAUACUCUCUGAGAUGAGUCCAGUGCUGAAGAUGGCAGAGGGAGACACCAUCUAUGACUACUGCUGGUUCCCUAAAAUGAACUCUCUGGACCCAGACACAUGCUUCAUUGCCAGCAGUAGCCGGGACAAUCCAGUCCACAUUUGGGAUGCAUUCUAUGGGGACCUCCGUGCAUCCUUUCGACCUUACAACCACCUAGACGAGCUGGCCGCAGCCCAUUCCCUGUGUUUCUCUCCAGAUGGCAAUCAGCUUUACUGUGGCUUUGAUAAAAUCAUCAGGGUCUUCCAAACUGACCGUCCUGGGAGAGAGUGUGAGGAGAGGCCUACUAUGGUCAAGAAACAGGGUCAGACUGGCAUUAUCUCCUGCAUUGCCUUCAGUCCAUGUCAGUCCAUGUACGCUUGUGGGUCGUAUUCUCGUUCGGUUGGCCUCUACUCCUGUGAAGAUGGAUCAGUGCUGGCUCUGCUGCCCACCCGACAUCACGGAGGCCUUACACAUCUGCUCUUCUCACCCGACGGCAAUCACCUGUACACUGGCGGUCGGAAGGACUAUGAGAUCCUGUGCUGGGACCUGAGAGAUCCAGGAAAGGUUCUGUUCUCCAUGCGCAGGAAUGUCAAUACCAACCAGCGAAUCUACUUUGACCUGGACCAAUCUGGACGAUAUCUAUUGAGUGGAGACACUGAUGGCGUGGUGUCAGUAUGGGACACCCUUACAGCGCCACCUGAUGGAAAUGAGGAAAUACUGCAACCAAUGCUGCAGUUUCAGGCGCACACAGAUUGUACUAAUGGAAUCAGUAUGCAUCCUUUCAUGCCAUUGGUGGCCUCCUCUAGUGGCCAGCGGCACUUUUGUUGGCCAUCUGACAGUGAGGAAUCUGAUUCUGAAUUAGAUGAAGGGAAUGUGAUAUCAUCAAAUAGCAUCCAAAAGGACAACGCUCUUGUUAUUUGGUGGGCCGGACCACUUGGAUCAUCCAAUGAGAAGGGGCAGGUGGAGGAGCCAGCAGUGCUUGUAAACUAGAACUUUUGAUUGUACAAAAGCAGUCUUGACAUUGCUGUUACUUACUGCCAAGCCUAAAAUACUGAGGGCAAGAGUUGCAAGAUUGUAAAUCUGCAUCUAUUUUAAGAAUUAUUUUCAAAGUCUUUGGAAAUAAACAGGGAUUGUUUGUGAAUUUUGUUUAUGUUUUGUGAACAGGAUACGUUUUGCCUUUUUUUUUUUUUUUUUUUUUGCUGGGUUUGUAAACCUUAAAUUCUUUAAGUCAAGACAGAAAUACAUUUAAUUCAAACAAGUCUUGAAAGUGAGUUACAAUUCCGGACACUCACCUUGGCCAAUUCAUUCAUAGAUUUCAUUUAACUGCAAAUGAGUUUCUAAAUAGUUUACGUUGUCUAAUUGCAAUGCUUGUAACAAGUUCCCUCUCUCUGCCCUGAUUGAUUUAGACUUGGUGAAGGCAAUAAAUUCAUAACAUAUAAAAACAGAGGUUCAUCUUGGUUAAAUGUGCCAUAGAGCAACAGUGAGCAGCUGUGAAUAUAUUUUUGUAAGCCUGUAAUCUGCUUUAUUGUAAGUGAAUGCGGUUGGAUUCCUGCCUCUCAAUGGGCCUCAUUUCUGAGGCUGCACAUUCCUUUUGUAAUAACCUGUUUUUGUCUGUCUGUGUGAGAGUUUGUAUCUUAUGUUGGCUGGUGUCUUGAUACAGUGGUGUUUACAGACAAAUAUAUAUACUUUCUACAGCAUUACGUGUGUGUGUGUGUGUGUGUGUGUGUGUGUGUGUGUGUGUGUGUGUUUUGUGCCUCACUAUACUAUAUUUACAGCUGUGGGUUUGAAUGUUUCUGCCUUGCCAAACCUGCUCUAGUCAGUUGCUGAUGGUUAAUAUCACAUUUGAAAGACUGCUGAAAGUUUCAGUUAUGAUAUGAAGCAAGCUUUUUUUGUACAUCUUGUUUGGAUUGUAAGCCACCCAAUUCGGGUGUACUUACAGUUCUGAUCGAGUCUGAUAAAUAGAACUGUGUGCAACACGUGGAUCAACAAGCUGAAAAGCUCAUUUAAAAGUCUGUUUACAUAAAUAUCACUAUCAUUUUUUUAUUGUUACUUUAAACAAGCUUCACUAUUCCUAUUGCUGAUCCUUUGAAUUAAAGAUUUGAACAAACCCCCUUACCGCAAGUAUUAAACAUUUGCACGUAACUCGUCACUCGAUUGUGCUCAUUUGUAUGUACAUGCAUCACAGAAGAUUUGUAAUUUUUCCCAAAAGGCAUGGAAAUUUCCAUGAUGGUUUAAUUUCCACCACAUCUCAAAUUCUGUAUUGUGUUUAACACUUGAAUGUUCCUUGAAUGAAAUGACGCUGAUGGAAAUGAUAAUUUUCAAUUGGUUUUAAUCAACUGGCUGACUGCGUUGUCUUGCUAAGGCUAUUUCAUAGAUAACAUUUUAUGUAUUAUAAAUGCAAUUUAAUAUUUUUUUUUUAAUAAUUAUUUGUAAUUUUGCUAAAUUACAGCUUUAUUGGAAAUGACGUCCAAUAAAAUUAUUAUGC